AUCUGGUAACAUCCAUCCUCGGCUCGAAGUGAAAAAUCUGUAUCAUCAGCGCCAACCACCAGCCGUCUCCGAGCAAGAAAGAAGCCGCUAAGCGUCAAAUGGGCCGUCCCUACCUUUGACGCUUCUUGCGCGGAGUACUACAAAGAGAAGCAAAAGGAACAGAAAGGAGGAGAGUAGCAGACGAGAGGAGAGGAGGGUUAAUUGAUAAUGGCGGUGAGUGAUGUCAGGAUCUUGAGGCCGUUGGUUCACUUGUUGGUGCCGUUGUUUAUCCAUUGGAUCGCCGAGGAGAUGACGGUGUCUGUGCUGGUGGAUGUCACCACCGGAGCCCUCUGCCCCGGCGAGAGGUCCUGUGCCGAGGCCAUCUACAUCACCGGCCUCCAACAGACGGUUGUUGGAGUAUUUAAAAUGGUGGUGCUUCCUAUUUUGGGCCAGCUAGCGGAUGAAUAUGGGCGUAAACCGCUGCUUCUCAUUACUAUUUCUACAUCUAUAGUCCCAUUUGCCAUACUUGCUUGGGAUGAUUCCAGGGCAGCUGUCUAUUGGUAUUUUGUACUUCGCACAAUAUCAUAUAUCAUAAGUCAAGGAAGCAUAUUAUGCAUAUCAAUUGCUUAUGCGGCUGAUGUAAUUGAGGUCAGAAAGAGAUCUGCUGCAUUUGGAUGGAUUACUGGACUUUUCUCUGCUGCACAUGUACUGGGAAAUAUCCUGGCUCGCUUUCUACCUGAAGGGUGGAUAUUUGAGGUGUCAAUAUGUUUGUUGGUUUGUUCCACACUGUACUUGAAAAUAUUUCUGGUCGAGACGGUCAUGGUGUCUCCAAGACAAAGUGAAAACAGAUCGUGUUCAUCCAUUGUUCUCAAAGUCUUCGUGGAACGUUGGUAUUCGAUGAAAGAUAAUAUUUUUGUUAUUAAUAGUAGUGCAACUCUCAAGUGCAUCUCAUCCAUUUCCUUCUUCUAUGAGUUGGGGAUGUCUGGCAUAAGCAGUGUUUUACUGUACUAUUUGAAGUCAGCUUUUGGUUUCAACAAAAACCAGUUCUCGGAAAUUCUACUGAUGGUUAGCUUUGGGUCUAUAUUUUCCCAGAUCUUGGUUCUUCCACUUAUCAAUCCUCUUAUGGGAGAAAAGGGUGUACUUCUAAUUGCUUUGGGUGCUUCAAUUGCUUAUGGUAUGCUUUAUGGCUUGGCAUGGGCGCCUUGGGUUCCUUAUCUUAGUGCUUCAUUUGGAGUCAUCUAUGUCCUUGUUAAACCAUCGACAUACGCCAUCAUCUCAAAAGCAGCUAUUUCAAGUGAUCAGGGGAAGGCACAAGGACUUAUUGCAGGUGUGCAGUCAGUUGCAAGCUUUCUAUCACCUCUUGUAAUGAGUCCACUAACAUCUCUGUUCAUUUCGGGCAAGGCCCCUUUUAAUUGCAAAGGUUUCAGCAUUCUGGUUGCCUCAGUUUCUUUGAUCAUCUCAUUGGCCCAUGCUUGUCUGCUUAACUCGGAGAAUCCAGAUAAACCACCUGAACAUGAGACUAGCCAGUGCGGGGAUGAAACUGUAGAAGCACCUCUUCUGGCACAGUCUUAAUUUCCUCGAGUUGUGCAGUUUGCCUUUUGCUAUCACUUGAAUCUCAGCAAAGCAAGUCAUCAGUUUAAAGGAUUCUUUUAUUCUAUCAAGAGUGGAGAAGAGUUUUACGCAUGUGAAACGCAAAAGGAUCUGCACGCUGGGUGAUGUUCCGAGUGGCACCAAAUUGACCUGUGUAAAAUUAGUCAAAGCAUAGUAAUAUACUGUACAUAUUAAUGUAGACUAUUGAGGUUUUGCCUGGUUCUGUAAUGUAGAGAAGGUGGACAUUUUCACUUCUAUUUGAAUAAUAUUAUUAUCAUGUUUUAGAUUCA